AUGUGUGAUCAGGCAGCUCGCUACUGCAGGGUCAGCGUCCAGCAGCAGCUCCGUGACAAGCAGCCGCCUCUGCAGCGCAGCAUCAGGGGGCUGGACGGGGUCCUGCGCUGGGUCUUCACCAAGAUGAGCGACAAGAAGUUCGGGGACAGGGACUCCCAGAAAACUGAACAGGCAGCUUCCAGUGAGCAGCUCCCACCGGACACCAAGAAAGGCAUCUCGGUUAUCCUGGACAUAUUCAGAAGAGCUGAUAAAAAUGAUGAUGGUAAGUUGUCCUUGGACGAAUUUCGGGCCUUUUUCUCAGAUGGAACCCUCAAUGAAGAGGAACUGGAAAACCUCUUUCAUACAAUAGACUCCGACAACACCAAUCAUGUGGAUACGAAGGAGCUUUGUGAUUACUUUGCCUCACACAUGGGAGAUUAUGAGGAUGUGCUUGCCUGUUUGGAGACCCUGAACCUUUCAAUUCUGAAAGCAAUGGACUACACCAAGAAGGUAUAUGAAAGUGGGACAAAGCUGGACCAGUUUGUGACCAGGUUCCUGUUGAAAGAGACAUCCAGCCAAAUUCAGUCCCUGCUAACCUCUGUGGAAAGUGCAGUUGAUGCGAUAGAUGACCAGGCCACUCAGACAGGGUUCUAUGACAGCAAGACCAGCCACGGAGUGGUGGAGAGUUGGUAUAACCAGCAGGCCACAAGCAACUUCACCAGCAGCAGAAUGACAGCAAGAGACAAAAAACUGAAAACUGAUUUAGCUCUCCCAGCCGGUAGGGAAGAAGGACUUGAAUCACAGAUCAACAGAUUGGCUGAACUGAUUGGCCGCCUGGAGAAUAAGACCAUGUGGCUUGACCUGCAGCAGAAGGUGAUGGACAAUGAGAACCUGACUUGCUCGCAUCUUUUCCUUGUCCGUCAACACAUGAGUGUUGGACAGAAGCAGCUGGGAGAGUUUGGCAGUUCACUGAAGCAAUACCUGAAGGACGUGUCGGGACAACGAGACUGCUUCCAUGUUACAGCCGUGAGGUUACCCGAUGGAUUGACCUUUGUGGUCUAUGAGUUUUGGGAGAGCGAGGAGCAGUGGAAGAACCAUCUCCAAAGCGCAAGAUCAAAAACUUUUCAACAUGUUAAAGUGGACACAUUGACUCAGCCUGAGACUGUCUCCACGUUGUUUAUACCAGCCGCCUGGUGCACUCUGGAUGGGAAAUAG